AAGAAACUGAAUUUUCCAACUCGACAGUCUUUUGGGACUACAUCAAUGCCGAAAUAUUUCGCACGAAUCUCGAUAUUCUUCGAGUGUUCUGAAGGAUGAACAUUGAUGGAGAUUUCUGAAAUUUUAAAGCCCCUCUUCCCGAAAGAAAAUCGUCUACCCACCCCUCGUAGUUAGCGUUUGCGUAGAGUUUUCUUUCUUAUUCUUACGUGCGUCAAAGGUUCAAGGCCCCCGAAAAAAGAGCCAUCUAUCAUAUAGACAAAAAAAACGUUCGUACUACCUCUAUCAUAAAGAAAAACCACACAAACCACCAGAAGUCCUCGUGAAAAAGUGCUCGAUCGGAUAGAGAGAAGAUCCAUUUACUGUGCUGUAAUGGAAUCGUACGAUUCCUCCUUCGAGCCCUUUACUGGGUAAUAUCAUCAUCAUGAUCACUGAUAUCUUUCGGCACGUCGUGAUUGAUCUUUUGCUCAACAACAAACAGUUUUCUUUUGGGUCCUUUUUUUUUAAUUGAGAAACAGAAAAAAGCGAUAAAAGUAUAAAACUGUUCUUUCUGGUCCAAAAACCGGCUUGAAGCGAAGAAAUGUCCGACCCCGGCGAGACAUUCUGGUCCAAAAACCCAGCUUACGUCGACCCCGGCGUGCCCUUCUGCGAAAAAAUCAAGAGCAUCGGCGAUGUCGCUGUAGGCUGCUGCUGCGGCGUUCCAAUUCUCGCUGUAGGCUGCUGCUGCGCGGGUUGUUAUCUCUGCGGGAAGAGCGUCGUCAGCGGUCGGAACGAGUUCCGGGUCUUGCGGGACAAGAUGUUUGCUCCGUUCGAUGAGAAGAAGAUCGCGAAAUCCGAGGACGACGACGAAAUCCGAGUCGGUCCCGAGGUCUUCUUCCCCCAUAUCCGAGAAAAAAACAUUGCCGGUGUAAGUUUUUUUGAGGAACAGCAUUACAAAUUCGUCUCGCAUGACAGCAAAAACCUGUCAUGCGCAGAUGCUACGUGAAUGUGAAAACGCCCUUUAAUGGACACUACGACGCAUGCCAAGCAUGACAGACGCAAUCUUUUUGCAUGUUGCGCAUCACAAAUUUACACCAACAACGUUUUUUUCUUGGAUACCCCCCCCGCGCGAGAUCGCCGACGCCAGGCCCGAUCUCUCGGUGGAGUCCGUCGAACCCGAAGGGGGCUUGGGCCUGAUAACGCUUGUACCUUCCAGCUGGGUAUUCAUCCCGCCGGAAAAGGAGCGAUGUCUACUCAGCAAGGACCAGGCGGAAGCGGCCGUUACCCACCACGACCCCGCUAUGGAAAUGUCAGGAUCGAAAUUGACAAAAUCGAAAAAUUUGUGAUGCAUAAAAUGCAUGACGCGAAAUGCGUGUGUUGCAGAGCAGGCAAGUGAGGCCGAUUGUAAGCCUGUUUGGGGUUAUAGCUCGAGCUGCUAAAGCAGCAUGAGAGAAUCGGUCUUCUUUGCCUAAACAGCGCCACAGAAUGGAUUUAGGCACCACCAGAAUUUGUCAUGCGCCACUUAGAAACUGGGUUCGAACUGGAAUCCAUUUUGUGCAUGACAAAUCGUUUCGAUUUUGUCAAUUUCGAUUCUGACACUUCCAUACCCGCGCAGCUGUCCACUACGGAUGAAGAGCUGGCGGGACCGUCGGGCACGAACGAUCCUGAGUCGGGCCUGGACCAGGAUGCGAAGGAGCCAGUGUCUGGGACGGACCAUGCGGACGGCGAGGUGAAGACCGCGGCUUCGACUACCUCUACUUGUACGCGCAAGCGGCGUACUGCUGGGUGGUGCUUCGCCGCGAGAAAGUAAGACGAGUAGUGCAGACCGGUUGAGAGUGGCUUUCUUUGCGUUUCUCCUGCUACCGUUCUUCGUAAUAAAUUGGUUCAGAAAGUAGAUCUUUACAACUCAAAACACUAUCCAAAGUCAAACUGUUUUGGGCCGUCUUAUUUGCUAUUUCUUACUCGGCUUCAGUCCUCUACGUCAUAAUGUCCGACGAAAAACAAAAUCAAAGUUCGAACUCACCCCUUGUUAAUAAUUUUUAAUAAUUUUAUGAUACAACUCUUCUGGCAUUGAUUAAGAGCAGAGUACUAAAAAUACAGGAUUACUUAUGAUGGACCGAUACUAAAGAUACAGAGCAGCCCUAGCUUUGAGGCUGGUGCACUUCUUACGGAAGGCUUCUUCUUGAGGAUGGUGCACUUCUUUCACGAAGAAGUACCGAGCGAAAAGUCCUGGUGAAGACUGUCAAACCCGCGCACCAGCUAGAGCACUGUAGCAAAAGCGCUGCAACUGCGUCCGCUGCGCCGCAUCGGCUUCGCAAAAGAAACUUGCUCGAAUUGCCUGGGU